AUGUUCUCUCUCUCUCUCUCACUCUCUCUCUCUCUCUCUCUCUCUCUCUCUCAGACACACGCAUACUCAACUUUCAAUAUUCAGACGCCAAAAUCGUUUAGAUUCUCCAAUUCUCCAAUGGAAGGACUGCCUGCUCCGGUAGAUCAGGAUAAAAGAUGAGGAAGGCCAACACUCGUUGCGCUACACCACAAUCCCAGAGCAACCCAUACCUCCCUCUAGCUCUCCACACUUCUGGCAGAGCUCAACAGUUGGAUGAAACUGCAGUCUCACUCUCCAAACGUAUUACUUCAGCUACCUCAUCUCUCAGAAGAUUUCAGGGACACAGAAGUAAACCGCAAGAUACUAUAACUUUAUUAUGAGGCGAUAAUUAAAAAAUAUCCGGGACCCAAGAAAUCUCCAAGCUUCAUAUCCAUAUCAGCUGCCUCUGCGAUGCUGACAUCCACACUCCAGCGGCCUGUUGUGGCUCUGCUUUUGGGAUUUUGGUUGCCAUCUUUUCUGUGCCAAACAACACCCCCAACCCAGGACAGCAAGAUCAAGUUCCGUCUGGCCGGAUACCCACGCAAGCACAACGAAGGCCGCAUUGAGGUCUUCUACCAGGGCGAGUGGGGCACCAUCUGCGAUGAUGACUUCACCCUGGCCAACGCCGAGGUGCUGUGCCGACAGCUUGGGUUCGUCUCUGCCACCGCCUGGUCACACAGUGCCAAAUACGGCGCUGGCACAGGAAAGAUCUGGCUGGACAAUGUGAUCUGCAGUGGCACUGAGACGAGUGUGGAGAAGUGCCACUCUCGCGGGUGGGGAAACAGCGACUGCGCGCACAAUGAGGACGCUGGCAUCGUCUGCAAGGACGAGAGGAUUCCUGGAUUCGUGGACUCCAACAUCAUCGAGAUGCAGGUGGAUGAGAACCGUCUGGAAAAGGUCAGACUUCGGCCGCUGUCGUCUGGAGCUGCUGCCAGGCUGCCCGUCAGUGAGGGGUUGGUGGAGGUCAAGCAGAAGGAAGGCUGGGCGCAGAUCUGCAGCGUGGGCUGGACGCUGAAGAACGCCCGUGUGGUCUGUGGCAUGAUGGGAUUCCCCUCAGAGAGAGCUGUGGCCAGGGCCCUCCACAGCGGUCACGGUCCGUACCGGAUCCACUCGGUCUCCUGCACCGGUAAGGAAGUUCACCUGUCCGCCUGCAACAUGGAGUUCAGCAAGCCCAACGCCAGCUACCCCUGUGCUGGAGGAGGGCCUGCCAUCGUCAGCUGCACCCCUGGACCACAGUUCACACCGGGCAGGAACCCCAAGAGGAGGCACAAGCUAGGACUGCUGCCAGGUAAGGUGCGUCUGCGUGGCGGUGCCAGUACCGGAGAGGGCCGCGUGGAGGUGCUGAAGGGCACGGCGUGGGGCACGGUGUGUGACGACCGCUGGAACCUGCAGUCUGCCAGCGUGGUGUGCCGGGAGUUGGGCUUCGGCAGUGCCAAAGAGGCCUUUACAGGGGCACGCAUGGGCCAGGGAAUGGGCCCUAUUUACAUGAAUGAGGUGCUGUGCGCUGGGGAGGAGCGGACGCUCUGGGACUGCCCCCAUAAGACCAUCACCUCUGAAGACUGUCAGCACGUGGAGGACGCCUCCGUCAGGUGCAACGUCCCCUACAUGGCGUUCGAGAAAACGAUCCGUCUCAGCGGAGGGCGCACCCGUGUGGAGGGGCGCGUGGAGGUCCAGACCCGCAAUGGCACCAAGACCUGGGGUCUGAUCUGUGGGGACGGCUGGACGGUGCGGGAGGCCAUGGUGGUCUGCAGACAGCUGGGUCUGACCUACGCCAGCAGUGGCCUACGAAUCCGAAUCGUUGGGGGCAGGACGAGCUACGAGGGUCGGGUGGAGUUGCAGGUGGGGUCCAGGUGGGGAACGCUGUGCAGUGAAAGAUGGACCACCAGAGAGGCCAUGGUGGCCUGUCGGCAGCUAGGACUCGGCCACUCUCUGCAUGCCAUCACAGAAACGUGGUACUGGGACAGCAGUAACGUGACAGAGAUGGUGCUGAGCGGGGUGAAGUGUGUGGGGGACGAGAUGACCCUGGCUGACUGCCGCCACGACCGCUCGGUCAGCUGCCGCAGAGCAGGGGCCCAGUUCUCUGCAGGGGUCAUCUGCACAGACACGGCCUCCGACCUGGUCCUGAGCGCUCCGCUGGUGGAGCAGUCGGCGUACAUCGAGGACCGUCCGCUCCACCUGCUCUACUGUGCAGCGGAGGAAAACUGCCUCUCCAAGUCGGCCGCCAAAGCCAACUGGCCCUACGGCCAGCGCCGGCUCCUGCGCUUUUCCUCACAGAUCCACAACAUCGGCCGUGCGGACUUCCGACCAAAACUCGGCCGCCACUCCUGGGUCUGGCACGAGUGCCAUAGGCAUUAUCAUAGCAUGGAUGUGUUUACGAAUUAUGACCUGCUUGACCUGAAUGGCACUAAGGUGGCUGACGGACACAAGGCAAGUUUCUGUCUGGAGGACACAGAGUGCCAAGAGGGUGUGUCAAAGCGCUAUGAAUGUGCUAACUUUGGUGAACAGGGCAUCACAGUUGGCUGUUGGGAUGUAUAUCGCCAUGACAUCGACUGUCAGUGGAUUGAUGUCACUGAUGUCAAACCUGGCAACUACAUAUUGCAGGUAAUCAUAAAUCCCAACUUUGAUGUAGCGGAGAGUGACUUCACUAACAAUGUUGUGAGGUGCAACUGCAAAUAUGACGGCAAUCGUGUUUGGCUGCACAAAUGCCACUUCGGUGGUUCAUUAAGUGACGAGGAAGAGAGGUUGUUUGAACACUAUCCUGGACAGCAUAACAAUAAAAUAACUUGACACCUCAAAGACAAACCUCAGGAUGUUCCUUUUCCUGAAGCCGUAAUGUGUAGUACAUUAAUUUAUUUCUAUAUUGUACUAUACCAAGUCUACUCAUGUUCCUAUGUGUAAUACGUUAUUCAGAGACAACUUUGCCAUGUUGCUUAAUGUAGUAUGCUGUUUUUGUAUUCAAUUUUCACCCUUUGAUUUACGCCUUGGAGUUUUCUCUAAUUUCAAAGAACAAGCCUAAAGAUGUAUUUUAAAUCUUAUCAAGUUCACCUGAUUGUGAUAUAUAUUGUAAAUGUGUGUUGCGCCUUCAUACCAAAUCUUUAAACUAAACUACAAUAAUAUGUGCUAUGUACAUUGGAUGUACAGACUCUUGUUCUCCUGGUUCAUUAUUGGCUUACUAAAUACAAUAUGCUUUUGUUGACUUAAAACUAUAACAAGACUAACCGUGUGAAUCCUUGCAGUUUCACACUGAUGUAUCAAAAAUAAUCAUUUCCUUAAUAAAGUUUGGCCUUUUUAAUAAG